GAAUGGUUAUUGAUUAAGCAGGCAUGGCAUGCAUGCGCGUCCUCGCUCGAAGGGGUUACACGUAACGGCUCGGUGUUACGGAGCUGCGAAUAACCCCCUGGUAUGCAAAGGAUUCCUUCCCUUCGCGAGCGCACUCGGUGGCACCGAUGCAUGCAUAAAUCGAAUUAACCCCGGGCGCGCCGAAUGAAGCACCAUGCGGUUCCCGCGUACUCGAGGGUUUCCCCGAUGGGUAAAGGAUUACGGGGAUCUUUAAAAAAAAGGGUGAUGCAUCCGACGAAAAGGGCUUUUCCACGGUAACAGCUGCGCAAUGGGACGAAAUGCAUCAACAGCUUCCACGCGGGACAAAUUGCGUCACUGAAAAUGAUCUCCAAAAUAAUGAACGAAGAGUGCCUUUAACCCACAUUUUAACAAACCUCACGUGAUGAUCGUUACCCAUUUUAUGUUACUUGCUGUCUUUGGAUAACCCCAAAGUACUCCUGAUUACCAGUUGACUCCAGAAAUUCCCCAACACGUCACCAAACUUCAGGAAUGAAUUCGACUCGCAAUGGUUCAUUUUCGGAACAGUUCCAAUCUCUUCACUCCCAUCACCUCCAAACUCAACAACUCCACCAUUAUCACAGGCUCGUUUCUUGUCUUCCUUGUUUAUAUAACACUUCAACUGAUCGAGCCACCUCAUCAUUCGUUCUCCAGUUGUCUUGAGAGUCGCUUGGUGUCCGGACGAUACCGAAUAAAAAAAACCCCGAAACUACUCAUACACAGCAAACUGCUCCAGCAUGAAGCAGCAUGGGUUUCUCCUGUGCGUAGCGAUUGCGAUGUCGCUAGCUGCACCUCAGCAGGCAGAGCCGAUCGUGAAAGACGAUAUCGCAGAGAUACGAACGAUCGUGACGGAUCUGCUCGCGAGUGGUGUGCAAAUCAACCUGGAGCAGCAUCAGACCCGAUUUGUUGACGGUGACACAGAAAACCUGAUCAUAGAGAACUUUCUUUUUGCGAGCGAGGAUGGACUCGUUUUUACUGUAACCUCGGAGCGAGUUCUAGAUAAAAACUACCAACCAAAGGUGGUGUCCUACUUCGAUGUGACAGAUGACGACGCACAGAAGGUUCUGCUCUCGCUGCUUGGUGGAGGAAACAUUAAGACGUUAACCAUCAACAAGAAGUAAAGUUCCGGAAAGCUUAUGAGGCUAUCACACUAUCUGCAUGGCUAUUGAGGCAAAGCAAACGUUAACAUAAUAAAUUCAAUACCCAAAAAUAGA